AUGAAAUUCAGCGCUCUUGCUUCCUCUGUUCUCUGCCUGGCUGCGACCCAGCUUGUCGCUGCAGAGACCUCCACCUCGACGGUGACCAACACUAUUACCAAGACGCUUGUCCGAGUCAGCACUGUGACUUCUGCAGGCGACGCUGCGUCGACUACUGUCAAUUCCCACGUCAUCUCCACCACCAGCGUCACUAUUCCCUCCAGCUCCAGCAGCGGAUUUGUCUCUAGCGCCGCUGCAAGCACUCAUGUGCGCUCGUCCAGCUCUUCGUCCGCCAGCUCAACCGCUUCGGCUACUCCUUCCAUUCCGUUGAGCACGGGAGCAGCCAGCAUCUCCGAUGCCAACAUGUCGGCUGCUCUUAUCGCCGGAUCUUUUGCUCUUUUCAUGGGCUGCUGGUGA